UCCAGCUGAAAGGAGAAAUUUUUAAAAGAUUGUGCCUUAUCAAUAAAAGAUAUGACAGUUCAACGCCAGUAAUAUUCGAUUAGUUAAUGAAUAUUAACGUGUAUUCUUGCCGGUUAAUAGUGCUCGGAGUUCUUUUGAUUUAAUGCUGAUAAUAUAGAAAAGUUGAAAUAAAAAGACGGUGUUUGUUUUGCUAUUGGGAAUAAAUUGGUCUAACUAACUUUCUUUAACAUACAUAUUUCCACAAUGAGCGAAGAAUCUUCAAAGAAAAAACAAAAAACGUGCCUUCAAGUUGCAACAAAUGUUUCUGAACAAAAACACAAUGUAACAAGAGAGCUCAGAGGCAAUAGCUUAGGUUUAUGUCGUGGCUUUCGAGGAUGUACCAUUUGGCUCACUGGUCUGAGCGGCGCUGGCAAAACAUCCAUUGCAUUUGAGUUAGAAGCUUAUCUAGUAUUACGUGGCAUUCCAGCAUAUGGACUUGAUGGUGACAACAUACGCACGGGAUUAAAUAAAAAUUUGGGUUUUACACCAGCUGAUCGUCAAGAAAACAUACGAAGGGUCGGGGAGGUGGCAAAAUUAUUUGCUGACAGUGGAGUGAUUGCGAUUUGCAGUUUUGUUUCACCGUUUGCUGAAGAUCGCGAUUUAGUUAGAAAAAUUCAUAAAGAAGCCGAUUUAAAAUUUUACGAAGUUUUUGUGGAUACUCCAUUGUCGGUAUGCGAGUCUCGUGAUGUAAAGGGUCUUUAUAAGAAAGCACGAGAAGGUGUAAUAAAGGGAUUCACUGGAAUAACACAGGAUUAUGAAAAACCUGUACAACCUGAGCUUGUUAUUAACACUGCCGGAUUUACUAUAAAAGAAUCUACACAGCUAGUAAUAAAUCUUCUGCAAGAAGAGGGAAUAAUUCCAAAAAGUAAGGCAAAUUCAAAUGAAAUCGAAGAAUUGUUUGUAGAACCAAAACUAAAAGAAUCACUUCUGCAUGAAGCAAAAUCAUUACAUUCGAUCCCUUUAACCGAUGUAGAUCUGCAGUGGGUUCAAGUUUUAUCGGAAGGAUGGGCACAUCCGCUAAAAGGUUUCAUGAGAGAAGAUAUUUUUUUGCAGACAAUACAUUUCAAUUCAAUUGCUACUGACGACGCCACAACUCGUAAAAAUCAGUCAGUUCCAAUUGUUUUGGCAGUGACAGAGGACAUAAAAAAUAAACUAGAUGGCGUAUCGUCUGUGGCGCUUACAUAUAAAGGCAACCCGGUGGCCAUUAUGCGUAAGCCAGAGUUUUAUUUUCAACGUAAAGAGGAGAGAGUAUCACGUCAAUUUGGCACAAGUCAUGAAGACCAUCCAUAUAUCAAGAUUAUUGCUCAGGGUGGAGACUAUUUGGUCGGCGGAGACUUGGAAGUUUUAGAACGAAUACGUUGGAAUGAUGGUUUAGAUCAAUACAGAUUAACACCAAACGAAUUACGAGCAAAAUUUAAAGAAAUGGGAGCGGACGCAAUCUUUGCAUUUCAAUUAAGAAAUCCAAUUCACAAUGGUCACGCACUACUAAUGCAAGAUACAAAACGUCAAUUAAUUGAAAGAGGAUUUAAGAAACCAGUUUUAUUGCUGCAUCCCCUUGGGGGUUGGACAAAAGAUGAUGAUGUCCCCUUGCCCGUAAGAAUUGCUCAACACCAAGCAGUACUUGAUUCUGGAGUUUUAAAAGCAGAAGACACUAUAUUAGCUAUUUUCCCCUCACCAAUGAUGUACGCUGGGCCAACUGAAGUGCAAUGGCAUGCAAAAGCAAGAAUGAAUGCAGGGGCAAAUUUUUACAUUGUUGGUCGGGACCCAGCAGGUGUACCACAUCCUAAUAAAACACUUUACCCUGAUGGCAAUCUUUUUGAUGCGACACACGGUGCGCGAGUGCUAAAAAUGGCACCUGGUUUGGACACUAUAGAAAUAUUACCCUUCCGAGUAGCUGCAUAUGACAAAAGCAAUUCACGCAUGGCUUUCUUUGAUCCAAGCCGUAAAGACGAAUUCGAGUUUAUAUCAGGUACCAAAAUGCGUACAUUAGCCAGAACGGGACAGUUACCGCCUAAUGGAUUCAUGGUGCCGGAAGCGUGGAAAAUAUUAUCGGAAUAUUACCAGUCGUUAUUAAGCCAGUAAGGGUUAGUUUUUUUACAAAUAUUAGCAAAAUUAUACAAAA